GGCCCAAGCCGAUUUACCGCUUGCCUCUGGUACCGCUCCAGGCGACUCUACGCACGCGUCCGACGCUCAGAAUGCAGCAGAUCAAAUGGGAAACAGCACGUCUGGCGAGCACGACACCGACAAUGAUGGGUCCGGCAAGAAGAAAAAGGGAACAAAACGGAGAAAGGUCAACCAUGCCUGCCUGUACUGUCGCCGGAGCCAUAUGACCUGCGAUGAAGGCCGCCCCUGUCAGCGAUGCAUCAAACGCGAGAUUGGGCACCUCUGUCACGACGAACGGCGAACAGCGGCUAGGGAGAAGGCAUCGGCACGUCGCAAGAGCACCUCCUGGCGAGUAUACUCCGCUCCACCACGUCCUCCCGUUGAAACUCUGACCCUUCGAGUGUUUCCGCGCACGACAUCUACAGCGGGACAAUACGGCUCACCAUCGGUAUCGAUGAACACAACAUGGCCGGGGAUAGGCAUGGGCAUGGUUGGUGCAUGGUCGUAUACCCCAGAGAAUCUGAGUAACGAGUUCUCUGUACUCUCGGAUUUCCUCGAGUCAUUAGACGACGGGACAUUCUUCAGCCAACCGCCCGCAGUCGCCCCCCAGCUCAUGUCUAGUCCGACAUACGCCAACCCCGUCGCGCUUGGUGUUGACAACCCAUACAUCUCUCAGCCCGCAAACAUCCCAGUCACGGCAUCCGCGCCGGUGCCCGCUGGAGAGCCUCAGCCUGCGAGCCCAGAUCGAGAACGCGACAAACCGGAGGAGCCUGCUCCGGUCGUGCUGCCUGCCGCGACGAAGACUGAGCGGUUCUUCCUCACGGCUGCAGAUCAAGCUUCGGGUUCGCGUAAUGAGCGCCUGAACAUGGUCAUCCGGAGCAAGUACGAGGCCGGUCUGCUCAAGCCGUACAACUACGUCAAGGGCUACGCUCGGCUGUCGCGUUGGAUGGACAGGAACGUGUCACAGGAGUCAAAGCAGAAGAUCCUGCAUCCACUCUCUGUGCUUCGCCCAAAGUUCAGGUCCAUCGCACAGUCGGAGUCGUUGACAGACAUCGACCUAGUUUUCAUCGAAGAAGCUUUCGAGCGCCUGCUCCUCGAUUAUGACCGCGUGUUUUCCGCGAUGGCCAUCCCAGCAUGUCUAUGGCGGCGCACGGGCGAGAUAUACAAAGCGAACCGCGAGUUCGCCGAACUCGUCGGAGUGGACGGGUACAUGCUGCGCGAUGGCCGGCUAUGCAUAUACGAACUCAUGGCGGAAGACUCGGCGGUGAACUAUUGGGAGAAAUACGGGAACGUGGCGUUCGACUCCACGCAGAAAGCCGUGCUCACGUCGUGCGUGCUCCGGUACAAGCCGCUGCUGCCGUCAUCCGGGGCCACGACGCCUGCGCGGGGGAAGGAGCAGCCGCCGAACGAGGAGGGCUUCAUCAGCUGCUGCUUCUCGUUCACUAUUCGCCGAGAUCCGUACGGGAUUCCAACGCUCAUCGUCGGCAACUUCAUCAAGUGCUAAUAGGCCGCUGUCGUCGCGGUUCCCUACUGCGGCUAUUCGACCUCAUCAUGCGAAACCCACAUUCCUCCGUAAACAAGUCGCCCGCUCGGUGGUACCUAGUAGAGUUGUAUUAUCUUGUUUUCUCAGUCUCCGUUCGUGACUUUCCUGACUGCAGCAGUAUAUUCGGAUGUCGGCCAUACACUCUGCGCAGCCGGCAGCUUAAUCUUUGGACAUCGUACGUUUGUCGCGUCCUGUUGUAUGGAUAACGUUCGUGUUAGAUACGAACCUGAAGACAAUGAAGGAAAUGUAC